UCGCUGCUGAAACCAAAGCUGAAAGUGCAACCCUGCCUCUAGCAGCGAGCCUGUUUUCCUGUCGGCAACUCUGCGGAAAAGGGCACUUCCAGUCCCAAACCCUCUUUGUGCUUGACGUCAUGUCUGCCCGAGAUUGGACGGCGAAACUGUGACUCCAACCCCCUCCCUCUUUUCUUAAAAAAACUUUUUAAAUACUUUCAAUCUGUUCAAACUAAAAUACUCUACAACCAUCGCGAUACCAUCUGACAUCUGCUGCUGUGCGUCUCUCUCUUAUUUAUUUAUUUGCACUCUCUGAGCUUUAGUUUUUUUUUAAAGAAUUGUAAAGUUAUCUUUUCCUGGAGACUAUUGGCAGCCAGUGUUUUAUAUUUUAUAUAUAGAAAAAAUAAUAUAUUUAUAACAAGACGUCUUCGCAUUCUGCCGAACGAGGGGAGCAGCGCAGUGUGUUCAAAGGGAGCACAGAAAUAAUUCUGAGCGGAGUGGAGAUUUAAAGCCAACCUCCCCCCUCCCCGACAUCGACAUGGAGUGGAUGAGGUACAGUGUGUUACUGUGGCUGGUGUCUGUAUUCGAACCGCACCAUGCCUGGGGUGACAAGAGGACAUUGAGGAGGAUCACGUAUGUGCUUCACCCGGCCAAAGCUCCGCUGGGCGGCGGGGCCAGCGGCAGCAGCAUCGGGCGGACCAGCGUCUCUUCCUUCGGCACCAGGCACAGCUCUUCCUCCUCCUCCUCCUCGUACACCGUGAGGAGCCAGGGCUCGGCUCCUGUGCUGCAGGUGAAGACCAGCUACAGGACUUCGCCUCAGGUCAGAACCCGGCGAAUGGGCAAGGCGAGCCCGCAUUUCCAGCAGCAGCAACAGCUCCUCGCCCACUAUCACUCCCACCAAUUCUACCAGCAGCACCACUCCAAGUCUCCUCAACAACAGCCCAUCAGGCAUCCAAUGCACUACCAAAAACAACAGCUUAACGGAGUUAAUGUUUGCGGUGGCCAGUGCUGUCAUGGGUGGGCUCAAGUUCCCGGCUCCCAAAGAUGCACCAAACCAAAUUGCUCUCCUCAGUGCCAGAAUGGAGGAAUGUGUCUGCGGCCCCAGCUCUGUGUGUGUAAGCCAGGAACCAAGGGUAAAACAUGCGAGGAGGCAUCAACUAGCACACAUUCCACGAGCAACCAAGACACCCUGACACAUGUCCAGUCUCUUCCACAACAAGUCCCUCAGCAGAGAGUGGUGCAACUUCCCUCAAAGAUCAACUCAAUGGGCCACUUAUCCUUGAGCGUCAAGCAGAAACCAUCCAUAAUGAUGCCCCAGCAAUCUCAUUUGAUGCCUCUACCAUCACAGCCACUGACAAUGCUGGUACAGCGUGGCCAGUCUCAGCAGUUCACCUUCAAGCCCAAAUAUUACAGUCAGAAGUUUUAUCCUGGAACGCACGGUGCUGAAGUUUCCCUUCCCCAAACCUCAUCUGGAUCCACUUACCAAGUUGGGAACCACACAGGCCGCAUCAAGGUGGUCUUCACACCCACCAUCUGCAAGGUAACGUGCACCAAUGGGAAAUGCCACAACAGCUGCCAGCAGGGCAACACCACCACGCUGAUCAGCGAAAAUGGCCACGCUGCCGACACUUUGACAGCACAGAACUUUCGAGUGGUCGUCUGUCACCUGCCGUGUAUGAAUGGAGGACAGUGCACUUCCCGCAACAAAUGCCAGUGCUCUCCUAAUUUUACUGGCAAACUCUGUCACAUCCCCGUGCAGUCUUCGAAUGGGCAUCAGCAUCAACCGGACAAGGCUCCAUCCUCUGCAGUAGUUCACUCCAUGCACACACUGCCCCUAUCAGUUGGAGGAAAGCCAGGUGUGCAACUGAAGUUCUCUCCCAACAUAGUGAACAUCCAUGUUAAGCACCCACCUGAAGCAACAGUCCAGAUCCACCAGGUUACUAGAAUAGACAGCUCAUCCCUGGGACAGAAGGUAAAAGGUGCCAAGACAAGCCAACAGCAAAUCUCUUAUCACAUCCAAAGUCCUUCAGUGUCCCACGUCCCAAAUUCUGUAUAUAACCAUCAUCAGCAAGUUCGCACCCGCCUAUACCCCAGAAUCCAGUCGAAGUUGGGACGUUGCUUCCAGGAAACUGCAGGUUCACAGUGUGGGAAGCCUCUACCCGGCCUUUCAAAGCAAGAAGAUUGCUGUGGAACUGUGGGCACCUCUUGGGGAUUCCACAAAUGCCUGAAAUGUCCAAAGAAGCCUUCUUUUCCUAUUCCAGGAAAUGGACAAAUGGUGGAGUGUCCCCUGGGUUACAAGCAGGUUAAUGCCACGCAUUGUCAGGAUAUAAACGAAUGCCAGCUCCAAGGUGUGUGCCCACAUGGAGAUUGUUUGAAUACCCCAGGCAGCUACAGGUGCACAUGCGAACCCGGGUUUGUUCCUGCUUCUUCACACACUGCCUGUGUCCCCGAAAAUCUUUUAAUUGAAGAGAAAGGGCCCUGCUACCGACUUGUCAGUGCAGGAAAGCAGUGCAUGCACCCUCUGUCUGUGCAGCUCAGCAAGCAGAUGUGUUGUUGCAGCGUUGGCAAGGCCUGGGGCACAAUCUGUGAGAAAUGUCCCAUUCUGGGAACAGCUGCCUUCAAGCAAAUUUGUCCAGGUGGAAUGGGAUAUCAUGUUAGUCAAACAUUCAAGAAGGUGGCAGUCAAACCUCGGCCUGAUGUUAAGAUCCACAGGGUUCCUGAUUCUGCAAACUCUCGCCCUGUUAUUAAACACUCUGGACCAAUACCCACUCCAGCACAAGUUCCACCAGAGCAACCCUUAGAGGCCUUCUCCUCCAUUCAAACCCCUCAGCCUGAGAUUAUAAUCCCAGAAGUGGGCACCACCACACCAGAACAGGAGCUUGAGGAGAAGCAAGUUGCAGAAUCCAGCCUGCCCCAGCUAUCUCCCAGUAUUAGUACGAUACAGAUAGACUCUGACUUCCCUGAAGUGGUAGAAAAAAACUCCCCACCAAGCCCUGUCCAUAUUGCUCCUGAGGCAUCAGCAUCCAGCUUGACUCAUUUCAUUGCAUCUACUCAAGUCGCAGAAAUCGACGAGUGUUCAGUUAACCCUCAAAUCUGUGGACCUGGACAGUGUAUUAAUCUUCCAGAGGGAUUUACAUGUAACUGUGAUCCUGGAUUCCACCUCAACACCUUGCAAACCGCAUGUGACGAUGUGGAUGAAUGUGCCCAGGCCCUACAACCAUGUUCCAAUGGCCACUGUAAGAACACCGAAGGGAGCUUCCGAUGCAUCUGUCACCAAGGCUUUACAUUAAAUGGAGGAACACAAUGCACUGAUAUCAAUGAGUGCCUGAGACGUAAUAUCUGUGGAGCAGGCCAUUGCAUAAAUGUUGAAGGCUCCUAUAGGUGCGAGUACUGUGAUGCAGGGUACAGAAUGAACAGUGGCCAAUGUGAAGACAUUGAUGAAUGCCAGGAUUCCAAUACAUGUCUGUCUGGAAGAUGCAUUAACAGUCCUGGCUCUUAUGAGUGUGUAUCUUGCCCAGAAGGAUACACAGGCAGAAAUGGCCAGUGCAUAGACAUCAAUGAAUGCCUCAGCAUGUCAGUUUGUAGCAACGGAGAGUGUUCCAAUCUCGAGGGUGGCUAUAUCUGUACGUGUAACCGAGGGUAUGAACCAGCCAUUGAAGGCAAAUCGUGCAAAGAUGUCGACGAGUGUCAGGAUGCCAUCCUGUGUACCAAUGGGCAGUGCAGCAACACAGAGGGCUCCUUCCAUUGUGAAUGCAAGCCUGGCCACCGUCUGGCUGCCUCUGGGGACCAGUGUGAAGACAUUGACGAAUGCCAAGAAAAUGCAGAUGCUUGCCAGGGAGGCGAGUGUAUGAACACCGAAGGAUCCUUUGUUUGCAUGUGUCGCAGUGGCUUCCAGCUCGUGGAUGAUGUACGGUGCCAAGAUGUGGAUGAAUGCUUGGCCCCAGAGCGCUGUGUACAUGGAGAUUGCCUGAACACGGAAGGUUCCUUCCACUGCAUUUGUGAGCAGGGAUUCGCAGCAUCAGCAGAUGGGCGUGGAUGUGAUGAUGUUAAUGAAUGCACGAGUGAUGCCAUCUGCAAUGGUCAUGGUUUCUGUCAAAACACAGUUGGGUCCUUCCGCUGCCUCUGUGACCAGGGCUAUCAGGAUCUACUGGAUGGAAGAGGGUGUGUUGAUGUAAAUGAAUGCGAAAUGAUCAGUGGAGUGUGUGCAGCAGCUCUUUGUGAAAACGUGGAAGGCUCCUUCCUGUGCUUCUGCGCUGAUGAAAUGCAGGAAUUUGACCCUACGACCGGGGAGUGCCAUUUCCCUCGCCCACCAGGGCUUCCUCAGGAAGAAGAAAAGAAGGAAUGUUACUACAAUCUAAAUGAUGCACACUUCUGUGACAAUGUUCUGACAUCCAAUGUCACGAAGCAGGAAUGUUGCUGCACUCUGGGAGCAGGCUGGGGUGACAACUGUGAAGUGUUCCCAUGCCCAAUGUUUGGCAGCCCGGAUUUUUCUACCAUGUGUCCUGAAGGGAAAGGCUUCAUCCCAAAUGGAAACUCGGCCUAUGGAAUCAGUGGACUUCAUUACCGAGAUGCCAAUGAAUGUGUCUUGUUUGGAGAAGAAAUCUGUAAGAAUGGGGCUUGCAUGAACACAGAGCCUGGCUACGAGUGUUACUGCAGACAAGGCUUGUAUUAUGAUCCAGUUAAGCUCCACUGUCUUGAUAUUGACGAGUGUCAGGAUGCAACCAACUGUGUCAAUGGACAGUGUGUUAACACUGAGGGAUCAUACAACUGCUUCUGCACCCAUCCACUGGUUGUGGACCCUUCAGGAAAACGUUGUACUCAUCCUCUAGACUCCGAUGAUAUUGAUGAAUGCCUGGAUCCAUCAAACUGUAUCGAUGGCCAAUGCAUUAACACUGAUGGCUCAUACAACUGUUUCUGCAUAUAUCCGUUAGCCCUAGACUCUUCAGGGAAACGCUGCAUUCAGUCACCGCACACAGUGGAACAAACCGGUGAGGAGGAUAUAUGCUGGCAGGUGGUGAACAGUCAGUUUAUGUGCGACUCGCCUUUGGUGGGUCGAAGGACUACGUACACUGAGUGCUGCUGCUUAUUUGGAGAAGCGUGGGGUAUGGACUGUGCCCUUUGUCCCAUGAGGGCAACAGGUGACUUCGCCCAACUCUGUAAUCUUCCCAUUAGUAAUAGAUGGCACGAGUAUGGCCGAGAUGCAUUGAAGCCCUUCCAGCCUGACUAUCCAGUCUCAGCACCCGAGUAUGACUCCGAAAAGCCUUUUUCAGAACACAUGCCGCUCUUUGUCGAUGAAGGAUAUCCACUCGAGAGCUUUGAGGGACUGCAGGCAGAGGAAUGUGGCAUUCUGAAUGGAUGCGAGAACGGGCGCUGCGUGCGGGUGCAGGAGGGAUACACAUGCGACUGCUACGAUGGCUACCAGCUGGACAUAACCAGGCUGGAAUGUGUUGAUGUCAAUGAAUGUACUGAGCUGAAUGACAAAAUGUCAUUGUGCCGGAAUGCCAAGUGCAUCAACACCGAUGGAUCCUAUAAAUGUGAGUGCCUGCCUGGUUACGCAGCCUCAGACCAGCCCAAUUAUUGCAUCACCUCAGAGACAGAGAAAGAGUCUAAGCUGGAAUAACCAGUGACGAUCUUAGGCCACCACACCCCAGCCCCAUGCAAAUCUUACACUUUGCUAACAAGCAAAGAAUGAACACUCGAUCACAUUGCCUCCGCAUCCCCACCCAACCCUUUCCAAACAAAAAAGUGGAAAAGAACUGCCUGAUAUGAAGAGUCUGCCAUCAGCGACUGAGGAAGGGGUGCCAAAAAAACAUCGCAUUUUCUCAAGAUGGGAAAAUAAGCCCAAUUCUGUCAAUGAACAGAAAGACCAAAUGGAUUCUUGUUACGUUUUUCUUUUGGGUAAGAAAAGGAAAAAAUUUCUCAGUAAUUUACCAGUAAGGACAUCCAAAGCGAGAAAACAAACUGUAUCUACAGUCAUUCAUUCAAAAUAGUAUUUGUUAUUAGCACACAGUUUACACUAUGUAUAACGGCGGUGAAAAUAUUUUGUAUUACUGUUGUAGACGUAUUUGAUAAAGUGCAGUAUGUGUUAUACUGCUUUAACUUUAGAGUUUUAUGACAAAUGUAAAUUCUUUGAUAGCAAACUUAUAGUCUUUUUGUAUGUUUUUUUAAAGAAAAGGUUGUGCUAUUCUGUGUCUGGAACAUUGGUCAGUGACAGUUUUUACCUUGUUAUAUGUCUGCCCUGUGGAGCAGGCAUGUCAUUGCUAUAAGGUUUUUUUUUUAAAGUUUUGUACAACCAUGGAGAUGUGAAGUUCUUAGUUAUGUUCUCCACACAUUAUAUACUGUACUACAAUCACAUAGUUCAAACUUACCAGAUCGCAGAGCUGCUACAGGCGGAGGAUACCUGAUGUGUAUAUUUACACUGAAGAUGCAAAAGAACCAAAUCAUUGUAUUGUAAUUUGUAAAUUGAAAAUAAUACACAAGCAAAUAGCUCUUGUGUGAUCAUCUUAAAGCAUAUUAAGUUGUAUUCUAAACCUCUGUAAAACCUAUGAAAUAAAUCACUUUAUGUAAGUGUACAAAUUGCCCACUCCUGAAGCAGUGAAAGUAAAUGAAUGUAUUCAGGACACUUGCAUAUUGAGGCAUACUGAAUACUGUAGUAUGUUUACAUAGGGAGUGAUUGGUUUUAGUCACAGUCACACUAUCCAACUCAUUCCCACUCUGACCGCCCUGAUCCCAACCACAUAUACUGUUCCAAAAGGCCAAAGCAAGUUCAAAGAAAACCAUCCUAUCUGUGACUAGAUCUUCUAGACUUUAGCUGAGUUUAACAGUUUUCCAUAAUUGGGAAUUGAAUCUUGUUUUUCCUGGUUUCAUAGUUUGUUUUUUUCUUUUUCUAUUUAUCAAUUUAUAUUUUAACUCCUAUCUACAUCUCCGCUGGCUCCAUCUUUCAUUUUGUAUGUUCCUUUACCCAUUGCAUCAUCCCUUUUAGAAUCAUCAAUUCAUAAAGUACAUAAGUAAGUCCCUUCGGCCCACUGUCACCACACUGACCGUCAAGCACCCAGUAUACUAAUCGUAUUGUACACCAACUUUAUUUGCCCACAUUUUCAUCAACUCCCCUUAAAAUCUACCACACACCAGGGCCAAUUUACAGUGGCCAAUUAACCUACUAAUCUGCAUGUCUUUAGGAUGUGGGAGAAAACUGUAGCACUGGGAGAAAACCAGCGCGGUCACGAGAACAUGUAAACUAAAAAUAUGCAAAAAUCGGAGGUCAGGAUUGAACCCAGGUCGCUGGAGCUGUGAGGCAGCAAUUUUACUUGUUGAUUCACUGUGAAAACACAUCUUUCCUGCAUAACAGUGAGCAGAAUUGUCAUUUCAUCUCCUGUUCUCCACACAGUAACAUUACUUCCCCCUUGUUCUCCCUCCUUUUUCUGCAUCUUAAACUUGUUUCAUUUCUAAUUUUUCCCAGUUCCAUGGAUGGCACAGUGACAUAGCGGUAAAGCUCCUGCAUUACGGCACCAGAGGCCCAGGUUCGAUCCUGACUAUGGGUGCUCUCUGUAGGCAUUUUGUACAAUCUCCCUGUGACCGUGUGGGUUUUCUCCAGGUGCUCCGGUUUCCUUCCAACUCCAAAGACAUGCAGGUUUGUAGGUUAAUUGGCUUCGGUAAAAAUUGUAAAAUGGUCCUAGUGUGCAGGAUAGUGUUAGUGUAUGUUGUGAUCGCUGGUCGGCGUGGACUCGGUGGGCCAAAGGGCCUGCUUCUGUGCUGUAUCUCUACAGUCUAAAGCUCUGAGGAAGGCCAUAGGCCUGAGUGGAUAAUUCUGAAUCUUUCUCCACAGAUGCUGUCUAACCUGCUGAGUAUUGCCAGCAUUUUCUGUUUAUCAUCAGCUUUCAGUUGGCUCCAGAUUUCAUUUUCUUUCAAUCCUCUCUGAUGUAGAUUGGUGCUGGAGGAUGAGAGGAUGUUAACUUUAUGUCGCUGUUUAAAAUUGUAGGAAGGAACAAACCAAGCCAGCUAGUUUAACUUUGGUGAUAGGCAUAUUAUUGAAAUCGUCUUUGAGGUACUAUAUAACCUGAGCUUUGAAGGACACAGAUUAGUCAGAGACAGUCAGCGUGAUGGAAUGCCCCUGUCCCACUUAGGAAACCUGAACGGAAACCUCUGGAGACUUUGCGCCCCACCCAAGGUUUCUGUGUGGUUCCCGGAGGUUGCAGGUGGUUGCCGAAGGUUGCAGGUAGUGGACGCAGGUAGGGAGACUGACAAAAACCUCUGGGAACCUCACGGAAACCUUGGGUGGGGCGCAAAGUCUCCAGAGGUUUUCGUUCAGGUUUCCUAAGUGGGACAAGGGCAUAAGGAAAGGCUAUGCCCGACUAAAUCAAUUAAAAUUUAUGAGAAAGCGAAAAGUGGAGUCAAUGUGGACAAGAAUUUGAACUAGUCUGCAUGGAUGUUGGCAAGAACUUGCAUAGUGGGAUGUUCAAAAGUAAAGGUGUGUUGGACCAAAAGGAAAUAAGUAAGUGUGAUCCAAAACUGACUAGAGAGCAGAUGGCAAAAAGUAAUGGUUAAUGGUGAAAUUUGUGAUUAGAAGACUAUUAAUGGUGGAGCUCCACGUUGCUCAGUACUCAGUCUUUUGUUUCUUGCAUAUAUGUAAGGGACAAAGAUAUUUACAGAUGAUAGUACCACCUGCCAUAUCAUUGACUAGGAAGAAAGCAUUCAAUACGCAGUUGAACAGAGAAGCAUGAGGUAAUGCAUUUGGAUAGGUUCAACAAUUGGAGUCUUCAAUACAUCGGGGAAUAUUAAGUGGGGAGGCAGAAUGGAGAAGCCUUCAAUUAUAUAUUCACAAUUCUUUAAAUGUAGCAGGAAAAGUAGAUAAAAUGGUUAAAAAGACAUACUGGAUUAUUUUGUAGAACACAAUGAACUGGAGUAACUCAGCGGGUUAGGUAACAUCUCGGGAGAACAUGGAUAGGCGACAUUUCUGGUCAGAACCCUUCUUCAGACUGAUUGUAGUAAGGGGGGAAAGCUGGAAGAGUGAUGGGAGCUGGACAAAGUCUACCAAAUGUUGGGAGAAAGCUGGACAUGUGGUGGGGGCUGUACAAAGUCUGGCAAGUGUUAGAAACAGGGAACUGCAGAUGCUGCUUUACAUCAAGUGAUACGUGAGGGGUGACAUAGGCAAAUGGGUGGACAAAGGCUAGAGAUGAAAAGGAGAAUAAAAGGGUAAGAAGUGGAAACAAAAGGUUGUCAGAUAAAGAGAGAAGUAAAAUGUAAAGCCAGAGGAAGGAUAUAGGUGGAAGGAGUCAAGAGGAGGGAGAAAAAGGGGUGGAUAGUGAAAUAAAAAGGUGCACUGAGGUGGUGAGGAGGCCAAGGAAA